UGAACCAUUUUUAUAAACGAUUUUAAAUGUGCUCACUUUAAUAAAACAUAUAUUUAAUUCGUGCUUAUUUAGAAAAGAAAAGUUUAAUGGGCCUUUCUUGUACUUAGAUAAUUGUUGCAACUCUGCCCACUACUCUUGGAUCGGGUCUUGGAAAUGCCCACGGCUCAUUCGGUGAGUACGUGUUUUUGUACUUGUAAAAAACACAUCCCAGCAAAUAGUGCAGACCAGUUACAAGAUCAGUUGGACCUACCGAAAUUAGAUACAACACUCAAUAUCUAAUUUUAUUAUUUAAAUCGAUUUCACUUUAUUCAAAACAAAAAGAGGAAAAUAGCAUUCCAGUUACAAAAAAAAAAAAAAGAAAAAAAAAGAGGGAAAUAGCAUUCCGACAUCGUUGCUAAAAAAAAAAAGAACAUUCCGACAUCAUCAUCGGACGAAGCCAUCGCCGUUUAUCAACGACUGAAAUACAGCUUGACGCCGUUAACUUAUCCCUCGAUCUAAUAAACAAUCACUUGACGACGUAAGGGGUUACGCUUGCCGCCUGUCGGUUCGUAAUUGACACAAAUACCCCUCCGUCUCAUAAAAUAAAAUAAAAAAAAACUAAUUGUUUCGCGUCAAUUACAACGCAACAAAGGAAGAACAACAAAUCCCCUCUCUCUCUCUCUCUCUCUCUCUCAAUCGUCCACAUUAUCAUCAUCACCACCACUUACUGUGAGACAUCCUCUCGAUUUUAGUAUUUUCACUAUUGAAAUCUGAAGACACCUCUCAAAUCUAUUCAAUCUGCUUCUUUUCCUCCAAAAGUCUGGAGAAAAAAAGUUUCAUUCUGGGUUUAAUUCUUACUUCUACGAUUUCGUUCUGAGAAUAGGAACAAAUCGUGAUCUCGAUUGAAGGGUCUGUAGUGUUUGAGAUUUUAAGGAUCAUCAUUGCAGAAAGAGAUCAUCUUUCGUCAACCUACCUGCUCAAAUCUAGGUUUCUUAAAGUUCAAUCAAUGGAGGAUUGAUUAGAUUUCAAGGGUUCCAGAUUCGAAUAAUGUACUCGAAGCAGUUCAUCCUCUCCUUCUCCCUCCUCCUCUCCCUCCCAAUCAUCUUCUUCAUCUUCAUCGCCCCACAUGUCUUCCCCUCCCCACCCACCGAGCCCCUCAUCCCAAUCUCCGACGAAAUCUCCGACCAAACCCUCUUCUCCUCCGCCGCCGCCUCGACCUCCCUCUCCCACCUCUCCUCCGGCUACCCAAACCCCAAGCUCAAGAUCGCCUUCCUCUUCCUCACCAACUCCGACCUCCACUUCGCCCCGAUCUGGGACCGAUUCUUCUCCGCACACCCCAAAUCCCUCUACAACGUCUACGUCCACGCGGACCCCUUCGUAAACAUCACGCUCCCCCAAAAAGGCUCCGUCUUUGCAAACGCAUUCAUCGCAAACGCGAAACGCACCGCGCGCGCGUCACCGACGCUCAUCUCCGCGACGCGCCGCCUCCUCGCAACGGCCUUCCUCGACGACCCCGCCAACACUUACUUCGCAGUCCUCUCACAGUACUGCGUCCCUCUGCAUUCCUUCAGCUACGUCUACACCUCCCUCUUCGAAUCCGCAACGUUCGAUAAGUCCGACCCGGAUCCGAGUCCGAGAGGCGUCCGGGUCCUGUUCCGGACCUUCAUCGAGCUCAUCUCCGACGAGCCGAGGCUCUGGAAACGGUACAACGCUCGGGGGAGGUACGCUAUGCUCCCCGAGGUUCCGUUUGAGAAGUUCAGAGUUGGUUCGCAGUUCUUUGUCAUGACGAGGAGACAUGCGUUGUUGACUAUCAAAGAUAGGGUCUUGUGGAGGAAGUUUAAGCUUCCUUGUUAUCGUUCUGACGCUUGUUACCCCGAGGAGCAUUAUUUUCCGACGCUGUUGAAUAUGAAGGAUCCGGAUGGGUGUACUGGGUAUACCUUGACUCAGGUUAACUGGACUGGCACUGUGAAAGGGCAUCCUUAUACUUAUAGACCCAAGGAAGUGGUGCCGGAGUUGAUUAAGAGACUCAGGAGGUCUAGCCACUCGAGUUCUUACCUUUUUGCACGCAAGUUUACCCCUGAUUGCUUGAAGCCGUUGUUGGCUAUUGCGGACUCGGUGAUUUUCAGAGAUUAAGUUUUUGCCGGAAAAAAGUUUUGGUGAUUUCUCGCCUGCAAGCAAGUGGCGUGAGAAAAUUAGAGUACAUUUUUGGACCGGAUGAGUAUUUACGCAGGUGGGUUGAAGAGCAAAAAUCACAUUCAGGAGUAAGAAGAGGCAAGGCGAAACAAUCCUUGGGAGGCUUGAAACAAAAUAAACCAGUUUCAGUGGUACUUCAAGCGCACCCUUGUGAGUUGUUGUCACAUAAUAUAUCACAAGAAAACUAAGAUUAAGCCACUUUGAGAUUAUCCAAGUUGUAAUUUUUAUAAAUUUUUUGGUUCUUUUGGAUCUGGUGCUGUACAUAAGCAGAGAUUUUUUUUACCCCCAAGGUGUGGGGGGUCUGUACCAUUAUGAUUGUGUCAAGGAAAUCUAUGAAGAGAACAUGCUAUUUUCUUGGUU